AUGUUUCACAAAUCAGCCUACUCCAGCCUGCCCAGGAUGGCUCUCAGGUCGAGGACGACCUUCCCCCUAAUAGCCCUCUUGACAGUCGCGUUCUUCUUCUAUUUCAUGAAACGCUACGACCAAGCCGCAUUCCUCCGCUUCAGACAGCAUCCCGUUGAUCCGCAUCCGCCCCCUAACCAGCCAGCCCAGGUCGUCCAGCUACAGCCCCCUGGAAAGACCACCUGCCAUGUCGACUCGGUCGUUGCGCCUCUGCCUUUUACCGAAUGGCUCCCCCGAAAGAACUACACUCGUGCCUAUUUCCGGCCUCACUUCGUGAGCUCCGAUGCCGAAUUCACCUCCCUGGAGGAUAUCAGAUCCCCCGUGCUCCCGCCUUUCACCCAGCUGGAUCGCGGAACUCCCAUCAUGCCCAAAAUCAAUGAUCCGUCCGCGCCCUGUCCGAAAGUCAUCGAUGUGGAUGUAGCCGCCGAUACCGAUAUAGAGGAGACCUCCAAAUAUCUGUUUGGCCUGUCUACUACUGUAGACCGUCUGGAACACAUGCUCCCGGCCCUCCUCUACUCGUACGGCAACACUAAGGCCAGCCUGUUGGUGCUCGUCCCUGAAUCGGACGACAAUCUGGCCCUCCAGGAAACGUAUUUCCGCAACCGUGGCCUGGACGUGACGCUCAAGGCGUCGCCUCUGGAGUUUACCGCACGCUACUUCGGUAUGGUGGAGGCCUUCGCGGAACACAUCCGAAAUGAACGCCCGCAGACCGAGUGGGUUGGGUUCAUGGACGAUGAUACUUUCUUCCUCUCUCUCCCCACUCUAGUGUCUGAGCUGAAAAUGUUUGAUGCAAGCAAGAAGCACUACAUUGGUUCUCUAUCAGAAGCCAGCUGGCAGGUCGAUACCUUCGGCCACAUCGCCUUUGGUGGUGCCGGUGUUUUCGUCUCCAAACCUCUCCUCGACGUCCUAGAGACCUACUACGAUGAGUGCCAAUCGUGGGGCGAGCAGCCCGGUGACCAGAAGCUUGGCCAGUGCAUUCAGCGAUUUGGCGAUACGCCCUUGACGUCCUGGCCUUCGCUGUAUCAGAUGGACAUGAAGGGUGAUGUUGACGGUUUGUAUGAGUCCGGCCGGAGGAUCGAAUCCCUGCACCACUGGAACAGUUGGUACACUAAGGAUGUCGUCAAGAUGAGCACUGUGGCAGCCGCAGCAGGCCGUCAGUCUGUGCUCCGCAGAUGGGUUUUUGACCAGGAAGAGAUCGUGAAUCCCAUCACCGGUCGGUCAUUCCGGUCUUUCUGGGUUCUGACCAAUGGAUACUCCCUCGUCAAGUACACGUACGAUGAGGCCACCCCUAACGAUGUCAUCAACUUUGACCAGGUGGAGAAGACAUGGGAUGAGGAUCCUCGAGGCUACGAGGACCGUCUGGGCACCCUACGCCCCAAAGAGCAAGAAGGCGUCUUCAAGGACCGGUGGCUUCUCAGGGAAGCAUACGUGAUCGGUGACAAUGUGCACCAACUAUACGUCCGAGAAGAGGCAGAGGGCCGCAGCAUCAUUGAGCUGGUCUGGCUCGGGCCCGAAGGCGGUGGUGUCGGAGGUAGACCCAAGUCCACAUGA